AUGUUUAUAAAUUUGUGUACAUCAGUUGAUAAUGAAAAUGGUGAUACAUUUGUUUUAAAAAAUGAAAUAUUUAAAGAACUUAAACCAGGUUUAUCAUCAUUUGUCAAUGAUAUAUCAAAAGCUGCAGAACAAAUAAAUAAUUUAUUAAAAAUAGCUGAUCAAGAAGUUAGUCGAUUUAAACAUCGAAGUACACCAUUAGUAUUACGUGCAACUGCUGGUUUAAGAUUAUUAAGUGAAACAAAACAAAAACUUUUAUUAGAAGGUGUUUGA